AUGAGCACCAAGAGACGUGGAGCGGCUGCUGCCUCGCCAGACGUUAGGGUCCGCGGCCAGAAGCGCCGGAGGGUGUCUGAAGAGAGCCCCGUGGACCCCGAGGAAUCCGACCAAAUACCGUCCCCGGAGGAAUCUGAACCCGCAGACGAGGCCGAAGCCGAGGAGGACGACAGGGAGAGCGAGGCAGACUUCGAGGGCGACAGCAUCCAAACCGCGCAAGACAAGAUCAUGACCGAACUGACUCGGUUAAAGGAUGAGGAUGGCGAAGACGUUGCGUAUCCUUUCAUUGGGAAGCCCGAUCGCAACCUUUAUCGCGAUUACUAUGAGAUCAUUCAGCACCCUGUAUCGCUGCGAACAAUUCAAAAGCAGGUCCGCGGUACCGAUAGCCGCAAAAAUCAGUCCAAAACGACCGCAUUUCCCACGUGGAAGUCCUUUGAAGAGGAAGUUUCCUAUAUUUGGCGCAAUGCGAGGGAGUACAACGAGGACAGCAGCGACAUCUCGAUGCUCGCAGGAAUUCUAGAGGCGAAACAGGAGUACUUCAAGCGGCGGGUGGCAGAAGCAAAGAAGCAUGUUCCGGAUCCCAUUCAGGUAGAUGGUCACCCCGAAAUGCCUCGCAUCAAGUUGAAAAUUGGCGCGAGGGAUGUGGAACCCAAGUCGCAAAGGUUAACGCUGAAGAUGGCUGGGCAGACCUCCGAGACGCCUUCCAAAGAUGAUGAAGCCCCAUCCGGUGUCACUGUCGACAAAGAAUCUUUGAAACGACAACAAGAGCUCGUCAGAACCGGAUCGGCGAGCCAAGAGGCCGAUACACAUCGCAUGUCCCCGCGAAACAGAUCUCUGCGAAGACAUCUCGCCAGCCCCAGCAGGUCUAGUAUUGCUACUACCCCAUCCAUAUCGGAGCAGCCACAAAAUGGGCCUGCCGGGUCCAAGGACUUGGCCGGUGUGAUCAAGAGCGAAAGUUCAGGGCCGGGAUCUCAACAUCAGGAGACAACAAGACCCUCGAACGGUCUGCACGGCGUUCCAUCGGAGCCCCAUGAUGGUGAGGUGUGCCCUAUGACGGGUAGCAACCCUGAUCUGAGGCUUGUGACUGACUCUUCACUGCACCCCAUAGCUCCUGUUCCGCAGGCAGUUCCAGCAUCCCCAUUAGAUUCCCUUUUGAGGCGACCAGGUCAAGAUGCCAGCUCAGCUCUGAUCCGAAACGUACAAGUCGCCACUCAUCCUUCCCUCUCUUUACAACAUGGCUUGAACUUGGACAUUCCGCCAUCUGCCACGCUCUCUCAACAGUCAAUCACGAUUAACCUUCCUGCGUCGCACAACCUAUUGACAAUCAGGCCGACAUUGGUGUCCGGGACAGCACAGAGACAUGUAAAGAUGGUAGCACUUGUAGGAAUGCAACGGCUUCACCCAUCAGCAGCCGAUGCAUCUGGGCUGGCAUAUGAUAUCCCCCUUCACCCCGGAACUACCAAGGUUGACCUGGAAGCCAUCGCCGGCCCAGCAAGGGGAGUUCCGAAGACUGGACCUCCCGGUUCUGAGAUUGAUUAUGAGCGGGUCACUAUUUUCUUGAACUUGUUGCGGUGA